AUGGACUCGCUCCUGGAGCACCUGGAGCGUUUCUCUGAGGUUCUGGCUGUCUCCCGCACAACCCACGUCCGCACUUGGGACCCCGCAACCGUUCGCAGGGCUUUACAGUGGGCUGGCUACCUGCGCCACAUCCACAGGCGCUUUGGCCGCCAUACCCAUAUUCGCAAAGCUCUGGAGCGGCGACUGCAAAACCAGUGGAAGCAGGAGGGUGAAUCUGCGCCCGCUCUAGCCCCGGGCUUGGCGAACUUCCAGGCCUUGGGGCACUGUGACCAGCUGCUGUCUCUGCGACUGCUGGCGAACCCGGCCCUCGGGGAUGCCGCCUUUCACUGCCUGCUGCAGCAGCUCUUUCCCGGCCCCGGCGUUCCGGACGCCGAGGAGGAGGAGCUCCAGGGCAGCCUGGCCCGCUUCGCCCGCUGCCGGACCGCUGCCCACAUGCUGCGCUUCCACGCCUACAAAGAGAACCCGGUCCUUCAGAAGGACUCACUGAUGAGGACGCAGGCGGAGCUGCUGCUGAGGCGUCUGCAGGAGGUGGGGGAAGCCGAAGCGGAGCGUCCUGGCAGGCUUCUAAGCCGCCUGUGGGAGCGCCUGCCCCAGAACAACUUCCUGAAGGUGAUGGCGGCCGCGCUGUUGCUGCCGCCGGCGUCCCCCCGGCUUCAAGAAGAGGAAUUGGGAGUAGGCAGCCCCAGAACACCGGGAGACGGGGGUCAAGAGCUGAUUCGUUGGCUUCUGGGGAAAUCAGAUGUCGUGGUUGCUUUUUGCCGCAACCUCCCAGCCGAGGUUUUAACUUCCGUGGCGGGGCGCCAUCCAGAGCUGUCCCCUGUCUAUCUAGGUCUGCUCACAAACUGGGGUCGCCAACUGCACUAUGACCUUCUGAAAGGCCUUUGGAUUGGAACUGAGCCCCAGGAUGUGCCCUGGGAGGAGUUGUUGAGCAGGUUUCAAAGCCUCUGUCAGGCCCCUCCGCCUCUGAAAGAUGAAGUUCUAACUGCCCUGAAGUCCUAUAAGGCUCAAGAUGGAGAUUUUGAAGUCCCUGGUCUUAGCAUCUGGACAGACCUAUUGUUAGCUCUUGACAGUCUUGUAUGA